UCCAGCUAACAGCAUCAAGCUUCUCCUCGUUGCUUGCCAUUGCUAUUACUCCUGUUGUUAACUGAGGAAAGCUUCUUCAAUAACGAUUGUCACCACAUUCGCAAAUUCUGCCCUGACAGGUCUUAUUUUCUCUGGGCGCAGGCAGCCCUGACAAUUCCCCCCGGCGAACGUUUCUCGUCAUGUCCAACACAUUUUCUUUCGGUGCGCCGGCCUCCAGCGGCGCCUCAAGUGGAGGUCUAUUUGGAACUGCUGGCAACGCUUUUGGUUCCAAUCAGAACAGCCCCAGCACCACCACCGGAGGAGGUCUCUUUGGCAAUGUAGGAGCUUCCUCUAGCGGCACUUCUACACCCUCAUUAUUCGGAUCGGCACCUGCGGCGGGGAAAUCGGGAAAUACCCUGUUUGGUGGUGGUACCGGUGCUGCGAACAGCGGCACACCUACCGGAAGUACGCCUGCAUUUAGUUUUGGAACUCAAAACAAGCCUGGUAGCACACCUCAGUCACCGUCCCUGUUUGGCGGCGGAUCGCAGACACCCAAACCAGGAGAGACUCCUGCCUCUGGGCAAACCGGUGGCAAUGCUCUCUUUGGGAACGCCGCAAAGCCUGCUGGGAAUAUAUUCGGCGGCGCCGCAGCGACUCCUGCGCCAUCCGGAGGCUCGCUCUUCGGCAACACUUCCACCACACCUGCUGGCCCUCCGCCACAGGGAACCGCCGCCGGGCAGGGACAGUCGCUUUUCGGACAGGCAGCUCAGAAACCAGGCGGUCUUUUCGGUAGUCUCUUUGGAUCGAACGCUCAACAAAAACCACUGUUUGGAACAACUCCGUCGGCACCCAGUGGCGGUGGUUUGUUCGGCAAUACUGCCAAGGACAAGCCUGCGGAAUCAACAACCCCAACAACCACCGGUGACGGUGCUGCGAAACCCCUCUUUGGAGCUGCCCCGUCAGCACCCGCCGGGCAAGCUCAAGGCUCGUCACUCUUCAAGAUGCCAUCCUCUGGCGCCGAUUCGGGGACGAAACCUGCUUUCCCGUCCCUCGGUACAACUACCACAGCCACGACCAGCCAACCCUCUACAGCCUUGACCACAUCAUCCCAAACUCCGCAAAAGUCACUAUUCCCCAGUCUUGGAGGUACUACGUCCGCAACCCCAUCAGCCACACCAGCGGCUGCUCCGGCUGGAGGUGGUCUGUUUGCUGGCGUGGGCGCCUCCAAGCCUGCGGAAUCAGGUGCGGCAACAACAACCACCGCUCCCGCUUCUCAACCCGCGGCGGCGACCGGCGGACUGUUCGGUAAACCUGCUGAGACCACACCCUCCACACAGGCUCCGAGCACUGCUGCGGGCGCCGCUGCAACCACUGGUGGUGCCAAACCAUCGCUCACGGCGACUUCCGGGCCGUCUACAUCGACAACCGCCACCACUACUGGAACCGCUGCCGGGACGACCACAGCGGCCGGAGGUACUGCUCUUGGUGCGUCAACGGUUGGCCCAACGCCUCCGGCGCAGUCUCGCCUAAAGAACAAGACCAUGGAUGAGAUUAUCACGAGGUGGGCUACCGAUUUGACGAAGUACCAGAAGGAAUUCCGAGAGCAGGCCGAGAAGGUUGCGGAAUGGGACCGUAUGUUGGUGGAGAAUACUGCAAAGGUCCAGAAACUUUAUGGUAGCACAGUCGAUGCCGACCGGGCCACGCAGGAGAUUGAGCGCCAGCUCGCAUCUGUUGAAGGGCAGCAGGAAGAGCUUAGCUCGUGGUUAGAUCGGUAUGAGCGUGAGGUGGAUGAGAUGAUGUCGAAACAAGUGGGACCUGGCGAAGCCCUACAAGGGCCGGAUCAGGAACGUGAAAGAACGUACAAACUGGCCGAAAGACUGUCCGAGCAGUUGGACGAAAUGGGCAGGGAUUUGACGAGCAUGAUUGAAGAAGUCAAUGGUGCUUCGGCUACUCUAAGCAAGACCAACAAGGCCGAUGAACCGAUUUCUCAAAUCGUGCGCAUCCUCAACUCGCAUCUUUCUCAACUGCAGCUUAUCGACCAGGGCACAUCCGAGCUCCAGGCUAAGGUCAGCGCCGCGCAAAAGUCCGGACAUACAUUGUCGUCCCGGUUUGGUCAUGGAUUCAGCAGCUCUGGGAUGGGCGGCGGAAGCGCGGCGGAUGACUUCUAUCGCUCCUACAUGGGACGGCGGUGAUUGAUUCUCGUUAUUCAUGUUUUCUGAUUACUAGAGCGAGGGAAAUCGGAGACGAUGGAUCGGUACGGCGAUUGUAAUUUCAAUGCUAGGAAUCAUGGUUUUGAGAUGAUUUGAGCUAGUUCAUUGCCAAGCUCACGAUUACUGCUUGCGAUUGCGACCUCGUUCCGUAGGAUUAGGCUAUUCAGGGACUGAACAAAUAGUACUUAAUGCUAGACUUUGACAUGGUUUCCGAUAGUGAUAUUUCUUGAUAGUGACAAUUCUUGUGAUUUGCGGCCAGACGGCAGUCAGACGAAUUACAUGGGAAGAGUGGACAUGGUCAUUCAUAAUAAUGUGAAAGGCAACGUUGAGAUUCGGCUACACCGUUGAGUAACCUCUGGAUUCUAAGACGUGCAGAUAUGGUAAGGUAGAUGUUGUUCGAAUUUAAUUCUUCUCGCCGCCCUGGUUCCGGC